AGGCUGCUGAUAUUGGUUGAGUGCUUUCUUGUCUUGUACAGAAAGUCAUUAGUUUCUCAGAAAAUGGAAAUGGAAUAUUGAUGAACUGCUUUACAUUGGUCCUUACAGUUUCGUUAUGUUUCUGAAUUGUACUGUAAAUGAUAUAUGAUGAGUUUAUAGAGGUUUAUGGUACUAUUUGUCCUCUUCAGUCUUUAGUACUGCACUAGAACAGAGUGGGAAAAGUGAGAUUUUAAUGUUUUCAGGCAGCCAACCAGUCAUUUAAAAACUGCCUGUAAAAUUAACAAAAAACUAACUUAAUAUUGCAUAUUAAACCUGUGAAAAUUUAAUUUUGAUCCCCACAGUGUCAUAUACUCACGUAGGCCUUUAUCUGUUGACACAUACAAAACAUAUUUCCGCAUGAAAAUUCUUUAUAAAAUGGUAAAUUUCUUCUGUACAGUUUUUUGUGAAUGUGAGAAGUGACAGUUAGUUUGCUGGAGCCUGAGUCAGGAACUCAUUAUUUUUUUGAUUCUGCCGUAUCACAUCCGUCUUUUAGAGGAAGCACAACAUAUCAGAUUUAUGUAGUGAAAAUCAUCAGCAGGACCUGUGCAGAAAAGUGUAGCCUAUAUCUCUGUGUGGAAUUUAUUACUGUAUGUGGAUAAAUGUUUGUGUUGAGUGUGUCAAUUAUGUGUUACAGUAGAUUAUCUCUAUUUAUGCACAGUUUUUUUUUAAUGUAGCUUUUUCAGUUUUUCCACUUUUUAAAUAACAUGUAGCCCCAUUUUAAAACUGUCUUUUUUUUGAUGAGAUCACAAAAAACUCAAAUAGGGAACAAAAUGCAAACCUCCACCUCUGCUGAUGUCAUAUUUAAUUUACUAAAUUUAUGAAUUUCCCAGUUCUGAUGCUGUUCAACAACAAUAACAGCGUCGUUCUUCAAGCAUCAGUAGUAGUAGUGUUUUAUUCCUUCCAUCAGUGUACUAUUGUUUGAGCCAAUCAGUUCUUCAAAUGUUAGCUCUAAGUUUAGACAUUAGCAAAGAGGUGGGGCUGUCUUGUCACACUUUCCACCCUGGCUGUAGCAUACAGUCCAUCACAAAGUAGUAGGCUGGUGUCUCAUGUCUCUUUAAAUGCGGGCUGCGUAGAUCCUUCAUGAAUGAAACCAUGUGAUCCAAACAUCAUUUGACGUCUGGCGCCUCCGACCACAGACUAAAACAAGCGAGGAAGGAGUGGAUAUAUGUAGAGACCUGCGAGAAGGCGUGAGCGGAAAAAAAACAUUUCUCCAACUGUCUCUCUCCGCACCGGGUCGACCAACCAUCGGCGAACCUCAACCGUCGACGGUGCGGUGGGCGAAAAGGCGUCUGUUUGACUUCUGGUCUGUUCAGAAGAGCAAGGCUCUUGUGGCAUGACGACGACUAACAAAGGAAACAAAGCCUUGAAGGUGAAGCGAGAGCCGGGGGAGAAUGGCACCAGCCUGACAGACGACGAGCUGGUGACCAUGUCAGUGCGGGAGCUGAACCAGCACCUCCGAGGGCUCACCAAAGAGGAGAUCCUGCAACUGAAACAGCGGCGGCGCACCCUGAAGAACCGAGGCUACGCCGCCAGCUGCCGGGUGAAGCGAGUCACCCAGAAGGAGGAGCUGGAGAAGCAGAAGGCCCAGCUGCAGCAGGAGGUGGACAAACUGGCCAACGAGAAUGCUUCCAUGCGCGUUGAGCUGGACGCUCUGAGGUCUAAGUACGAGGCGUUACAGACCUUUGCCAGGACUGUGGCCCGUAGCCCCACUGUUGGGGUCGGGGUCCGGGCUGGAGGGGGAGGAGGAGGCGGAGGGGUAGCGUCAUCAGUCAUUGGCCCGCUCAUACCAGGGAAGGUUGCAACAGCAACAAGCGUGAUAACAAUAGUGAAGUCAAAAACAGAUGCGCGGUCUUGAGGGAGGGAAAAGAUAGAUGGGGGUGUGUCGGGAUGGAGUUCAGCUGCAGCAGAGUAAUUCUUCUUGUCUGCUGGCCGCCUCUCCUCCACCUGCACUGACUUCAAACAGCUGGGCAGUUAUGCUCCUGUCGCCCUUAGCACGUUCCCGUCACCUGUCUCAGAUCAGUGCAGGUGAAGGAGAGGAUGGAAGCAGAGGGAGAUUCUUGAGACUAUAAAGAUGCAAGCCUUUGGUCAGCGCAUGAUCAUUUAGCACAGGACAGAUACACAGGGUUCCUACGGUCACUGAAAGUCUGGAAAAGUCAUUUUUAUUUCAGGCCAGGGAGAAAAAGAAAUCAAAAUAUGGAAUUGCCCAAAAAUCUUUGGAAAAAAAAUCAUGCCUUUUUGUUCAGUUAUCAUUCAAAUCAAUCAAAUGUUCAGUGUCAAGUUUAACUGCUGGUGGAUCUAGAUAUCAGUAAGUGCAUAUUAAUCAUGUCACAUGUUUGCACAUUACAUUUGAAGUGGUUGUUUGGCUGAAACAAGAUGUAGAACAUUAAGCCAACACAUGUAUUACAUAUGUAUAAACAUAUGUAUCGGAAUUGGAAAGAAUAGUAUUGUCACUUAGAUUGACACAAACAGUGCGGGGUCCCUGGUUGCCGUACACUUCUAAAAGAAUACACAAGAUUUCAUGUGACCUGCUGAUUUCAGUGGCUGCAGAGAAGUCCCAUCAUGCUCUGCCUAGCCAAGAACUUUUUUCAGAAAAGUACUAUAGAAAAUAUAUAUUACACAAUGGUGGUAACUGUAUUUCUACUGUUUUGUACUGUGUUGUCAUUCACAUGAGGUCCAAAGUGUAUUCUCUGUGUGUGAAAUGUUAUAUAUCAGGAAUUCUGUGAAAUUCUGUGGCGCGUGUUCGUUUUGGUAUUGCUAUAUUUAGUUAGCUGUAUUUUUUUCUACGGUCUCUUCUCUUUCUAUGUCCGACUCUCGCUUUCUCUUACCUAUUCUUUCUCUGUCCUUCCAUUUUUCAAUUCCAACUGGCUUCCAUUAUUAUACACAGUAUUUCCUGGAUCUAACAGAAAGAGGGGGGUGGGGGGGAAGCCAAUUGAUAUUUACCAAAAAAAACAUGACAAAACAAAAAAACCCCAACAACUUAUCAUAGAGAGAAAUUAGACCGAAUCCUACGUCACUGACCUCAGCUCGGUGCGUGAGAAUUUUUCAGGGAAAUUGUCGUUUGAACACCACAGCUGAAUUAAGAUAAAGUCGUCUUCUGUCUGUUUGAGUUCCUCUCAACAUAUUAUAUAUUUAAGAAAUUUGGAAGGACAAAGUGCCUUCGUCUCCUAACGAUAUGCGUCAAGAGGACGUGAGGAAUUGUGGAGGGACGGUGGAGAUUCAGUGCAGGUGGUUGCUUGUACCUGUGCUUAAUGGGAUACACUGACCAAUCAGGAAUCAGGUUGCGACAGCAUUUAACUCUCGCUGUGCGUUGUUGUACGAGCUGUGUAGUAGCUAUCAGGAUUAUUAAUAACAAUGAUAAUAAUAAUAAUAACAAUAAUAAUAAUAAUAAUAACACCCAUUCAUGUGACCUGGCAGUUCAUCUACUUGCAAACACAAUGAUCUGCAGAACUGAAGCUCAUAUUUAUCUAAAUUUUUUCAUGCUUUUUGAAAAGGAGGAAAGUAUCUGUUUUUUGUGAAUUACUUGGUUCAUACUGGAUAUUUAUUAAUUUGGCUACUGGCUCAGAAAUCUAGGUCAUUAUAUCUACUGCAACUUUUGUUUUGCUUCAAAUCAAAGUGGUUUACGUUGCAUUCCUCUCGCUUUUAACCACAAAGUUCACCCUUGCAAGUGUAGAUGUGAGGACUGACAGCUCAGUCAGAGACAUUUUUAAUGUCAGGUUUUGAGCCUUUUCUCUCAAUUUUCAGUCACACAAAUGGGAUGUCAUUUCACACGAGCUUUACCAUAAAAAUAGUCUAAUGUGGUGUUCUAUACUCAAAGAAUCUUUGUCAAUGUAUGGUAGAGUCUGGAGUUUUAUAAAGACGAUUAUCUUUGCAUUGUUUGUAACGACCUGUACAAAAAGAAAAAAAAAAAAAAAAACAUCUAACAAAAUCUGUUUGAUAUACAGUAUCUCUCUAUUUUGCAAUUGUACCAAAAGUGGCUUAACUACUGAAUAGCUUUGUUUUUUCUCUAGUGACUAGGCACGUGUGUGUAACCGUGAACUAGCGUGUGGUGUGCUGUGUAGGUAUGUGACGAGGUAACUAUAACGUUCACUAUUUCAUGGGUAUGACUUUGAUCCUUGUUUGAUAUCAGGCCGAAGCGGGUGAUGACACCGUGGGUAACUGCACUCCUUCUCUAAUCGUAAAAUCUAUGUCCUCCAGGACCCAUCGUUCAGCUCCAACACUGCAGACGUGUUUUAGCUCGUGUGUUUAUCUGCACUUAUGAUUUUUCUUUUUUUUUGCCAGACCCAUUUCCCAUUUUUUCUGAAUAGGCCUUUGUGGCUUUAUUCUGGUCUUUGCAGUGUUCAAGGCUCGUUUACUGCAGAUGAAUUGGCCAGUGAGAUGAGGAAGUGUUAUGGUUAACCUCACAAGCUUCAGGAUAUUGUGUAUUCAGGUCAUCUGGCAAAGUAACAGAGAUGUGAAACUCAACAAUGGGCCACUCUGGCUGCAUCACCCCUUUUUUUAAUAAGUUAUUUUUGUAAUGUGUGUGAUAAAGAUAUUUUGUUUCUGCUGUGUAUGUUUUAUAUAGUUAUCUAUAUUUAAUGUUGUUCCUGUUUUAUUUGUUUUUUUGAACUGUAAGAGUCAGGAAGUGAAACGGCAUUUGUUUAUUGUAUUUGGUGUUUUACAAAGUGAAAAAUCUAUUCUGUUAUUUAAUGGUUUGUCUGUCAAAGAGUGAGGUUUACCAUUAUGAAGUACACUUGCCUCAAACUGUUUUUUUUUUAAACUAAGGAAAACAUGAUUUUAAAUUGAGUCAUUUAUUGAAAUAGAUGCAAUUUACAGUGAUGAAAACAUUACAUACAUGCAACAACAUGUUUUACCUGAACCACUAUUUUCCACUGUGAAGAUUAAGGGGGUUAGCUAACCUACUGCUGUGCAGUUAUUAACAUUAGUAAGGUGUGUCCUCAUCUGUACCCUACAAUAAUAUAAAACAAAAUUCAAACAAUAAUAUGUGUAAGCAUGUUACUUCUCCAUAUUCUUUACACUGAUAACCAUUUGGAUGUCCAGUCAACUAUGAAACCAGAGAGCUACAAAUGUCAGGAAUGUCAAAUGAAAAUUACAUUAAAAAAAAUCACAUGAAUGAUAUUCAGACACAGCAGCUAAAGGUGUCACACCCAGUAUAUUUAUGAUUGUCUGUUUUGUAAUGAUGUAAUGAAUUGAUAUUAUUUGAUAAGAUAUUGGAUUUUUGUUGACGUUUUGUUUCUCUCUCUCUCUCUCUCACUCUGUUGCUUCCUUACUGAUUUUACAUUUGCUUGUUGAAUGAUGUUAUUCUGUUUUUGACUGGUGAGUCCUGUGUGGUGUGUGUGUGGUCAUGUUGGUGUAAAACAAGAGGGAAGUCAACUCGUGCUAAGAAUAGGUUGUGUCAAGCUGAAGCAAACUACAAAUCUUCCCCGUACUUGUCGACAUAUUAUGAACUGUAUGUGCCACUGUUAAACAAUAUGUUUUCACCUAGUUUGUAUUUUUUUUUUAAUGCUCUCCUUGUUUUAAAAAAGGAUGCAUACUGCGUAAACAUAAAUGUGUCAAGACUGUGGCUGCUGUUAAAUAGAAAUCUCUAAUUAUGCAAACUGUGUAGGGCGAAAUUAGAACUCCUGCUGCACAGGAGCAGUGAUGCUAUCGUAGUCGUCGUGUCAAAUUGUCUCUUUUAUAAUUGCAGGUACAGUGUGAUGUGACAAGGUGAAAGAGCUUAUAUACAGAGUGUUUAGCAAUCUAUAAUUGGUUAUCAAAUGCUAUGUCAGUUUGUCUCUGUUUUUAAAAUUGGCUUUAAGUGUUGUGGCUUACAUUGCUUCUUCCCAGCGUUACUUAAUGUAUUCAAUUAACUGUGAAGACAUGAAGUCAUCAAAUAUUUUUUAUGCAUUUCCAAGAAGAUGCAAAAUAUACUGUAGCUGUCCCGCAAGGCCUCCAGUCGAACUCAAGAAUAUCAUUAUUUUUGUCUUCCAGACUUUGAAUUUCUUGUGGUUGUAGUAUUUCCCCAGUGUUUUGGUCUCUUAUUUACUUACAAAUGAGGUGAAACAUUGCAGACGUUUCACUCAGCCGACACAAUCAGCUGACCAACAGUAACCUUUAGUGAUUAUGAGACAGGGUGGCCUGGUGACUUUUCGUAACAGAGUUUAUGAGCUUUUGAGACACGCUGACCUUAUUUUCCGCUGUCUGUAGAGGGGUCACAUCCUCCUUAUGAAAAGACAUUUCAUCACAAACCCCAAGCAACCUCUCCCAAACCGCAUUCAUAAAUAUUUUACAGAGCAGGAAGGGAAUGGUGGAGACACAUUCGAUAAAAACGCUUUCUCACACCACUUAUCUUUUUCUACAAAGUGUCAGCAAGUUAACUCAGCAGGCUGCCGAGCCCUUCAAAACAUCCGAUUAUUCUAGAAGAUGCAAAUCAUUAACUUCUUAUCUCGCUGCCCGGCCAAUCGCUACAUAGUCAUUCAGAUGUUUUUCUGCCUAGUGAAUCACGCCACCAGACUCUAAAGGCCCUUUCACCCACCUCCAAUGCCGAUCGAUGAGAGUAAAUGAACCAAGGAUUCCUUUGAUCGUUUGUUUGGUGUUCAUCAAUAAUAAUGUUUGUCUUGCCUCCCAAGUUACCUCCUCUGCUGCCCCUGCACUCGUCACUUGCACAACCUCCAACAUGAAAUCCUACCCUGAGUCCAGGAAUCACAUCACAUUAUUUGUUUGUUUUUUGUUUUUUUUAAACUUUUUCUUCUGUUUCCCUCCCUUAUUUUACUCCUGUUAACCUUUUAUUCUUUCUUCAUCACACCACAUGUGUCUACUGGUGAGCUUUCGGCCAGGUUGCUCAUGGGAGCUGGGAUAUUUUUGUGUAUCUAAAAGUAUAUAAUGGUCAGUUUAAAGCUAUAGAAAAGUAGUGAGUUUGUGUGAAUAUGGCGUAGCCUAUUCAGAAAAGCCCUUGUAAUAGCAAAUUCUGUGUUUUGUAAUAUUUCUGUAUGGGGUGUAAUAAAUUAUUAUACAACAGUACUUUCUAUGGGAAAAUACUUAAAAUGUGACAGUCUUUGUAAGUAUUUAUCUUCAACUAAAUUAUUGUACUUUCUUUUUUUUUUUUUUUCAAUUUGUAGAUAUGUAAGUGAUGAUGACAAGGUAUUGGUAAUCAUGAAAUUAACUGUUUCAUCAUCAGUCUGAUGCAUCUUUUAAUUUAUUGAUGUAUAUACUGUAUGUUUGUUGAUAAACAGCUUACUUUAUUUUGUAUAUGACCAAUAAACAUGUUUUAAAAUGGA